AUGGGGAACGUUUUCGAGAACUGGGAGCGCCUGGUGCGGGCGGUCCUGCAGAGGGAUCAACUUUGGAAAGCUGGCCAGGGGAUGGGCAGGGCGCAAGCCUCGGGCGCUGGGAUCGCCGGGGCCGUGCCGCCCUCUCUCGUCGGGACGUCCAACAUUGACGCGAUUCUGCAGUUGGCCAAUGAGAUUGAGGUUGAGGACCCUAUGGUCGCUAGGAUCCGUGAGUUUCCUUUCUCCCUACCGUACGCUUAUCAUAUGUGAGCCGCUUAGCUCUUUUAUAUAUCCUUUUCCGAAUUUAGAGCUUUUCGCCAUUGUGUAUGGCGUGAAAUUGAAGUUCUGCCGAUUUAGUGAGUGCCAAUAGUUGUGAAAGCGCGAGCAGUACGGUUUUUAGUUUCUGACGAAACCCGGGUGGGCGGGGUUAAGAUAAGAAGCUUUUUGAACGUUCUCUAUGCCUGAAUUAUUGGCUUCUGUAAUUUGUUGCGAUUCAAAGUUCUCAACUUGUUCUUGACAUGUUUUUAUUCACAUGACACUUGGACUGCCUCAUUGGGAACUCAGUGUGCGAGCAAGCGUAUGGAAUGGCUCAGAAAUUGGACCCCAACAGUGAAGGUAGGGGUGUAGUGCAGUUCAAGACCGGCCUGCUGUCUGUCAUUAAGGUAUUUCCAACCAUUGUAAUUCCCUUUUUAUGUUCUAAUGUUCUUAGAAACCCCAAUUUAGGCUAACUGAUAUCCAUUCAUUUAUCGAAUAAAAUUUCGACUUAUCUAUUUGAAAAUUCGCAGCAAAAGGGUCCGAGAGUUGAUCGUGAACGGGCCAUUGAACAUCUGUGGAAUUUCUACAAGUCUUAUAAAAGGCAUCACAGGGUGGAGGAUGUCCAAAAGGAGCAGCAAAGGCUGACUGAAUCUGGAACGUUCAGCAGCAGCUUUGAGCAGUACGUGUAUAGCUUUAUUUCCUGGGAAUUUAACAGUCACAGAGUUCCAUUUUUUAUUUUUUUAGACAUGUGGCCGAUGCAAUUUUGAGCAUAAAAGAAUCAUAGAAGUAUCAGCUUAUGUUGUAUUGAACUGUCAUGUGGUGUUGAACUGUCAGCUUACAAUGAUAUGGUUUCGGAGACGUUGGAGGAAUCUGCAGUCAGCAUCUAAUCAGAAAAGAAUGACGCGUGACAUUUGUGUUGAAUAAAUAGUUUUUUCUUGGCGGAAUGAACGGAAGUAAAUACUGGCUUCAUUGAUAGGAAAACAACGGAAAUGAAAUUUCUUCGGCAUCAUCUAAAGUAUCUCUUUGAUCUUCUUGAAAUUUUGAUUUCUACCAAACAAUGCUAGAAAAAUUAUUUUUGAAGUUAAACACCUAGUUUUUAAGUCUUAAUGUUUCGUAUACUAUCUUUUUUCUGUUGAAAAGUUUAAAUUUUUGCUGAUUUUUUAAUUAUAAGAGUUGUUGACACUUGUGAACAUUGGAAUGAUGAUAAAAUGGGGCAAUCCCUUCAGAGAAGUGGUAUAAGGGAUAGAUUAAUAUUCAAUAAUCAUUGUAACUGCAUAAAUGCAAAUAAAAAGUGUGGAAAUGACAGAAUUUGUCUGGUAAGGAUUAGCUCUAUAAGACUUGACACCAGAAGGUUGCAAGGUGGAAGCAUCAGUUGAUAGUUAAAGUGGGUUUAGUGUGGGGGCUCGAGUACUGGUUUCUUCCUUGUUAAUAUAAAACAGAUAAGGGAAAAUGAUGUGUCACUGUACAAGCUUCAUUCAGAAUCUUUUUUGUCAUUGAAUUAUGCAGACACAUCUUGUGGCAAAUGUUAGCUCAUUAUUCUACUGGAGAAGGAUUCGUCACAUGUGGAAAUCUUUCUUCCCUUUUUCUAUUUCUUAAUACCACUGGAGUCCAUAUUAUCUGGAAUACCAUCCAAUUAGUUUCAAUUUUUUUUUGUGACUAUAUUUUUCCUGCCUGGAGGAGGAAUUCACUUUAUUUCUUUAUGCUAAAUCAAGAUUUCCAAUAGUCUAAUGUAUUCUUUCCGCUUUCUUCAGAGUAAGAAAGGUAUAUACUACUUUGAGGGUGCUAAUCAAUGUCCUGGAGGCACUUGUGGGAGAUUCCUACUCAGAUCGGUUGGGAAGACAAAUCAUUGAGGAGGUAGCUUCAACAUAAAGUUGGAUAGAUUUAUUUUAUUCCUUUUUAUCUGCCAUAAGUCACGGGGUCGAAUCUAUUUCAAACUUCUUUCUCUUCUAAUUAGUCUGAGAAAAUGUUAUUUUUUUUAAUCCAUUAUAUCAUAGAAUUUUCUAUCACCUCAUUUGUUUGUCAAUUGAUGUUCCUUAAUAUAUGUUAAAUUAUCUCAUUGUAGCUUUCGUCUGCUCAUGUCCUAACUUGCAAUUUUGGGAUGUACCAUCUGUUUUCGUGAGUUGAUUGGGUAGGAGAUGAUCCUCAUUAACCAGUAGAUAUGUAGGUUUAUCAAUGAAAGUUGUUUAUUCCGUUUCUUCAGAUUCUUGGUAUUUUGAGAUGCCCAUGUGUGCUUGUGAACAAACUCAUAGCUAAUACCCUGUUUUAGCCGAAUUGUAAUCUGCAACAGUGUGGAAUUUGGGACCAUCGAUGACAUCUUGUUCGUCGUCCUUAUGGAGUUUCUUGUCAUCAUUGAAGAAUGGCAUGACUUAUGUUGGGCGCUAAUUUCAUUGUAGGAUCAGGAGAGGGUCAUAGACUGUGUGAAUAGGACAUGAUAUCUGAUUUUGUGUGAGGUUUAAUUUAUGGUGCAGUUUCUUUCUUUAAAGGUUUUGUGGAAAAGUGUUGAGUAUGAUUUUCUUCUGAGAGUUUGAGUAGGCCUCUGACAGAGCAUUGGAGUGAAUAUGAGGAUCAGUGAAGAUGAUGUUUGCAAGCAUAGGGGGUAGGAACCAUGGUUGACAAAGCUCAAUCUCCUGGGAUUGACUGGCCUAUGUGGUGCUCAUCUGAUGCUAUUGUUUUCCAGAAAUGAGGCUUAUGAUGUUAUGCAUAACUUGUUGGUCCUGGAGGAAUCGUGUGGUUAUUAAGUCUCAAACAUGAGGGAAAACCCAAGGCACGGACAAGAUUCUUAACGUUGUUACUAGGAUCAAUUCCUUCUCUAGCUUCAUGCGGUGUAUAGGAGAGUGUCAGCAAUAGAGAUUAAGGAAUAGUGAAAAAGCUAUCUAAGGUGAGCAGGCUUCUGAGUCAUGAAGAAUGUGUGUCCAUACGGGGUACUAAUCUCCGAUAAUUGUGUGAACCAGGAAGGCAAAGUCGAGGUGAUAUAAGGAUGAAAAUUUAUUUCUGCCAUUAAGUGGUGUCAGUUCUUUGGUAAUGGCUGAUGCUACCUAUAAGCAGUUCUGAAAGUAAGAUAUCAAUCAGUUUAGAAGUUUUGUGUGAUCUUGUAUAUCAAAUGAAGAGACAGGAUAUAUAUCUUCAUCUUGAAGAGGCUGAAAUUUCUAUUUUAACCCUGCAGCAUGUUGGAAUGAUCACCGUCUCAACAUAAAGCAUUAUCUCAACAAUCAGUUUGGCUCAGUACCUGGAAGUCGCAUCUCCGAAUUUUGGUGCUGGAAUUAUCUCCUUUGAAAUAUUCAUGAACAUAAAUACUUUGGGAAACGCCACAAGAGAAUUUAUGAAUAACUGUGCCUUUUGGUCGAUUUUUUUGAUACUAUUUUUUUGGUAAAUGAUUUUUUUCUUCGGUUGAGUUUGCAUUGACAAUUUAUUUUUUUCCUUUUCUGUAUCACAGGUGAGAAAGGUGAAGAAAACUGAUGUAACAUUCGGUGAACUUACUCCGUACAAUAUAGUACCACUUGAUGCUCCAUCCUUGGCUAAUGCCAUUGGGUUCUUUCCUGAAGUAAGGCCUUUUGCCAUUAUGCUCGGUUCAUGAAAUUUUAUGGGAGUGAGGUAGUGUGCAUACUUAUUCUAACAAUUGCUCUACAAUGCCACAGAAUGAAUGCGACCAUGUAUCAAUAUCUAGGUCAUCAAUGUGCAACUGGCGUAGAUCACUGUUUGGACCCUAUAUGCUUAGUAGAACAUAUUCUGGUAGUUUUUACUUUUUUAUUGCUUGCUCUCUUGCAAUGCAAUGCAAUAAACCUGGAAAAGGUCAGAGAUGCUGUGUUUGUGAUAAUACAGUUUAAUAAGGUCCAUCAGAAGAAUAUGUUCCAUCCUUUAAAUGGUGUACCCCUUGAAUUGCAUAUGUAUCAAGACAUCAUUUCAUAAUGGCUUGUAGUUCUAGCUACUCUUCAUUUAAAGGUAGUAAAGUAGGAAAUAACUAUAAUUUUUAUCACAAUUUUCGAGGAAUUUCUUGUUAACUUGUUAAAACAAUAAGUUGUUAGAUUGUGAUAAUAAUAGACUAAGUUUUGAGAUCAGAGUGGGGUAAAUUGAAGAUUUUCCACCCUCUCAAAAUCAAAGGAACGAUUCAUUUAGGAUUUCUGAUGUUCAGGUUAAAGGCCAUUCAUUCGUGUUCUCUGGUCUAUUUAACUUGAUAACCCUUGGAUUCUGAAUUCAAUACAGAUUUUCAACAUCUUCAGUGGGGCUUUGAAGAUAUAAAUAUGAAAUUUCCCAACGCUAGCAUGCUAAGUGUUGGGAAAAAUAAAUUCCAUGUCGUCGAUUGCUUCUGAACUGUCCAUGAGUUGGCCUGAAUUUUACUCCAUAGUGAUAGUGUUUUAUACGAAAUUUAAACAUGAGGCUUUAAAAUAAAGAACUGCUAAAAAAAGAUCUUAAGAUUCGUUCAGCUUUUCAUCUUUUUCUAUUGCGGUUGUCUCUCUCUUCUUCUCCAACUUCUUUUCGUUCACCAAGUUGCAUUAGAUUUUCUCCAUGAUUCUUAGUCUAGCAGAAUCAAGUGAUGUGUGAACUCAAUCUGUGCUUUUGUUUGGCUAGUUGUUGAUAUCUGAUUGUAGGUAAUUGUUUUUCGUAAAAAAAAUGUACAUGUUUUUCUAUCUUGAAAUGGCAUCUCGUGUAGAAAAGUGUCUCAGGUCCAAUGUUAGACAUAUCGAUUGAAGUGAUGCCUGUAAGGGACAUCCUGUUCUGUUCACGUUUGAGCUAUUUAGAAGAGAACUUCGAGUAGUAACUUCAUUCCUAAACGGUAAAUAGUUUGACUACUUUUUUCUGCAACAACUUUUGAGUUUUUGUUUUUUGAAACUGCUUUGGCUAUUUCCGAGUGUUUAGUGCAUUGCCCAACUUAGUAUUAUUCUCUUUGAGAUUAUAGAUUAUGGGCUGAGAAUAUUGCUCUAUAGUGGUCUACAAUAACAAGUUGUUGCAGAGCCUUAAUAUAGUUCAUCUCAAUGUUUUUCAUGCAAUUUCAGGAGAGAGGUCACAUAUAUUCCGUGUAAUUUUACUUGCUUCAUCUUACUUGUGUCUUUUGCCGCUUGGAUAUCUUGUGCGUAUUUAGUUCUAUUAUUUUUAAUGUUAAUCAGACAAUUAUCACUAAUUCUGCAACUCUUCAAAUUAUUUUUUGUCCACGUGCAUCCUUAUCAUAUUUCUUGGUUACUGUAUCAGGUAAAAGCUGCGAUUUCUGCAAUUGCCUACCCUGCUGAUUUCUGUUAUCUACCCGCUGAUGUUAAAGCUCCUCAAUCAAGAGGCCUCGACAUGUUUGACCUCUUGGAGUAUGCUUUUGGUUUUCAGGUUGUUAAACUAUUCACAAGCCUUUCUUCAGUUGAUUUCUUUGCUCUAACAUGUGACUGCGUUGAAUAUUUGGCUUUCAUACUAAUUUGUUCUUGUAUCCUUUUGGAUGCUACAAGAACAUGAGUUUCCUGUUAUUUUCACUUGUGGUGGUUAUUACUCAGUAUACUUUUGGAAGUUGUUAAUAUCUUCACUUUUCAGCUGAUUGUUGUUUUCUAUUUGGAUCAUUGUUUUUGUCUUGUCACUGUUUAUGCUUUUCUAUUAACAAUGCAUUUGUUCUUUUUGACACAGAAAGAUAAUAUCCGGAACCAACGUGAAAAUGUUGUUCUUAUUCUAGCAAACACUCAGUCUCGCUUUGGAAUGCCUGUUGAUUCGGAACCUGUAAGUUGGUGCUUCAUGUUGUUGUUUAGAAGUAUCUGUCGAUUUAGUUGUAUUGUUGACAUCCGAUUUUAUGAGAAACUGUGUGAAGCGAUAAUGUCAUUUGUUUCUUUUUUUAUUGUACAGAAGAUUGAUGGAAAAGUGAUUGUUGAAGUUUUUACAAAGGUGCUAGACAAUUACGCUAAAUGGUGUAGAUAUCUAGGGUUUCGUGUUGCGUGGAACAGGUACUGGACAGGUUCAGAAUUUGACAGUUCACGACUGAUAAUUCAUAACUUAUUCUAUGGCUCUCAAUAGUUCUUUUAUACGUUUCCAUUGCAGAUUAUAAAUGUUUUGUACUUUUUAUUUGAGAUCCUUUUCUCCUGGUUAGGAUUUGCAGUUUUACUGUUGCGUGUCUCUUUUCUGUUGCAUCCUUGUAUCAAAAGUUCACUGGAUUUAUGUCUUCGCCUUUUAGAUCUUCUGGUUCAUUAACAUUACUACAGAAUGUUUAAGUUCUUGAAUGUAAAAAAUAUUGGUUCUCGUAGUUCUUAAAAGCUGUCAGAAAUUUUCCGAGCAUCAAUGAACUGUUUAAGCUGUGGUUACAUGUUAAAGUUACUUUUUUGGACUAUUGACCUUUUUUUUACUCAUAGAUGACAUGAUGUAAGGAUUGUGCCAAGUGAGUCAGCUUUUGGGACCAAUGCCAUUCUAGUUGACUUGUGCUCAUAAACAGGUCACUGAUGCUCAUCUCAAGAAGAAAAUUGUGCAUCAUCUCAAGAAGCUAGAUAUUCUUACCCAUGGACGGAUGAGUUAGAACAAUAAGAGAGUUCUACUUUGGUAUUUCAAUUUAUCGCAACGUUUGAAGGAUACAAUUGACAAUGUAAAUAGAUUGUGUACGGCAGACUGUUCAUAUAUAGCUUGGUUGUCUCCACAUUGGAUUUUAUUGUCUCUACUGGAGAAUCAUCGGGAGUAAUAUCAUGUUUGUUGGUAAAUAAGCUCGGAAAAACUGUUUUAACUGCACAUCCCUUGUGGUCGAAGAGUGCUCUGUCAAUGUGUUAUGUCACAGGUCUGUUAGUCACCUCAAUGAAUGGUGUGAAAGUAAUGAGGUUGAAGGCGUUCUGCUUGAAGCUGUGGAAACUAAUCUGUGAUGUUUGAGGAAAAGCCUCACUCUGCGAAAUGCUUCUCUUGGACAUUCCAUGUUCUUAAACCUGUCGAGAUUUAUGGCCUAGACUCCCUAUGGAUCCAGGUCUCCUAGGUUAACGGUCCAUUAAGGUACUUGGGUCUGUUAGACAACUGUAGCUGGGUUUUUUAAUCCUAAGGUGGGUGAAUGCCGACACCACUUUGGCCUGAGGUUGCUAAAUUCUGAUGGCUAGGCAAGUGCUAGUCGCAUUAAAAGGCUUGUGCUCAAGCGUCUGUAUACUAUAUCAAUGAGUUACGUUGAUGAAUGCUGUAAAAUUAUGCAGCGGAUGGAACAGUGUUCUGGUCAACAUAAAAUUCCCAAUUAGCUUUUGUGGAAGGAAGAUUUGUCCCUCGAAAUUUUGCUCAUGCAGAACUUGCUAUCCAUGAUAUGUAGGGCUUAGGAAGAGCAUAAUUUUGAAAGAUGAAUUUGUUAAUGCGUAUCAUUGGAUAAAUUUAAUCACAUGAAUUCGGCAUUAUUUUUAUUAUAUUUAAACAAAAACUGGAUAGGCUGGAGCUUGAACUGGUUUACAACCGCACUUUUUCCAGCUCUUCUUAGCGGAGCUCCUAGAGGCUUCUUUAGGAGCUUCAAGGCUCUUGGGCUUAAACACAUCAUCUGUUAAUACGCAUGAAAUACAUUAGUUUAUAGGAACUAAUAUAUGGGUAAAUGCAACAUCAAUGAGAUUUAUUAGGAAAAUGAAUAUGGGAAGAAGCAGCUUGAAAUCAAGCGAGUUGUUUUAAAGAAGCUUUAUUAGACUUGUUCACAUCCAUAGUGUCCUAGUUUGUUUGCUUUUUUAUUCAUCUUUGAGUAGGGUUGUAUCAGUUUCAUGAUGCCUUCCAUGGAAUUCGUUUGACAAGCUUUGAACUUUGAUUAAUAUGCAGCCCGGAAGCAAUCCACAGGGACAGGAAACUUAUAAUGGUUUGCUUAUACUUUCUCAUUUGGGGUGAAGCGGCAAAUGUUCGUUUUCUUCCAGAGUGCAUAUGCUACAUAUUCCACCGUGUGAGUACUUUCGGAAAUUUCUAUGAUGUUUACGUAUAGAAUGUAUCUCAAGAUUCUUUGAUAUUUGUCCUAUUUAUCUGUAAUUCUUGAAUUUAUGCUACUGGGUUGUUUCAUAUUAUUGGUGCACAUUUAGUUAUCCUCGUUCUCAUCUAAUUUAUAUAUCCUUUUUAGCACAUAUUGGGGAUGAGAGUGAUCACGAACUCUUAUGGUAGAGCAAGCUGGUGGACUAAGACUUGUUGCAGUGGAGGGGGAAGAUGGACCCCAUUUUUGGAGCUUGGGUCUUUAAUAUCGUGUUUACCGCUUAGUUGUAGAUCAUGGAACUUCUGUGCAAAGGGAGAUCUCUAUGAGAGUACAUAUUUGCAUCCAUUUUUCUUUAUGAAUGUUAAUAAGUAUUUUAUACUACCGAGUUGGCAAUAACUUCUGCUAGAUCAACUGUUUUCUAGUGUCCUUUCACAGUGACAUACUAUUCUGUAUUGUCAUUCAUGCUUUUCAUUUGGUUUGGUGAUCAUGUUCUUUUUUAUCUUGAUUUUGGGACAAUGCAUUUGGGCAGUUAAUCUGACUGAUUAGCCAUGCUAUGUUGUCUCUCAAGUGAAUGUAUAGGAUGUUACAGGUCUGCCGUUUAGGCCUUUUGAUGAUAAAUUGUGCGGAGAUUCUCUCUGUUGCUAGAAUGCAGAUGAUUGGAACAUCAAAAAUUCACAUGUUCUGAUCGGCAAUGUAUGUGUGUACGGUCCUUGCAACUGGAAAAUUUCCUUGAAACCCUUUAAUUGACAUAGUCCAUUGUAAAACAUUGAAGGAUAAACCUAAGAUUUACAUAGGUAGUGCCAUUAAAAGGUUUUUGUUUUCAUCCAAUUUCUUUAAAGGGAUUUCUCUUUUCCAUGAUAUUACAGAUAUAUCCGGGAUGUACCUAAAGACUUGUUUAGGCAAUGUUGUUAAAUGUGAAUUCAACAGACAAAAAUGGGGAAAUAAGUAUGAACACCUUACGCUGGAGGCAGCAUUGGUCAUGUUAUCAAAAAAGUCCUGCCAUUAAAGUUUAGAUUGAUACUCCAAGCGCUAACCUUCUUGGGAUACCUUCUUAUCUCCGCUUUAAGAGGGUUGUCUUUUAUUGCAUUACUGAUCUUUUUUCUUGUUUGGUGCAUCCUCAGCUACUCAUACUUUUGGCACCUUUAGACGGAAAUCAUUGUUGAAGUGGUAGUUGUGUAUUUGAUAGGUAAUUUUCGUGCCUUACAGCGUAGGGGAUCCUGAGAGGCGCUAUCUAUUUUCUUGAAUGUCGUCCCUUGUCUUUUGUGUUGGAACAAAUGAUCUUCAAUCAUAUCACAAUAGUAGCAACCUUUUAAUUUUUUUAUUUUAUCAUCUUUGUCUGCAUUGGAUAAGAUUGCACCAUUUGCGUUUUAGAGGUGAAUUAAUCAAGUAUCGUUUCCUGAAAUUCAACUUUCCUCUAUCUAUCAUCAUUUAUCAUCUUCUUCUAUACUGGUCUGUGAGUAUUGCUAACUAAUACGAAGAUGCUCGGAGUUUCUCCAUCCUGAUGUGAUCCUAAAGAAUCUGAUAGUUUUUUAUUGAUCAUGAGGAAAUCGAGGUUAUUGAGAGACAACUCAGGAUUCAAUAUUUUGAUUGAUUGUAAUUAAGAAACCUCCUAUUACCGCACGAUCAGCUAUUCCACUGGAUUAGCUUUACAAGAUCAGAAUUGAAAAAAAGCUCCAUUUUACCUUGUGGAGUGCUUGAUGUGUCGUGACAAAGUUUUCUGAAAAUAAUUUCAUGAAUGAUGAAUAUGGUUGGAUAAACUAUCUUAUGAGUGAUGGAAGAUGAGGUAAACCUAUCCCAAAUUGUUGUCUGCAAAUGGAUGAGGGAUGGAUGACUCGCUACAGAGCGCAUGGUUACUUUAUACUUGAUUGGAAGCAUGAGAGAGUUGUGUGAGUCUUAUCAGGAACCUCUUACAUGGUACUCAGAAUUAGCUAACCAUGCAAAUUUAUAUGUUCAUUCAACUGGAUUAUACAUAAGUAAUGUGUCGGAUUGAUCCUUUGUAUUCAUUGCCUGUAUGGUAGGGUCAACCGCUUCCCUGACUUGAAAUUCUUAUUUUGUUGGGAAAUUUGUUCUUCUACUUUAUAAUUACGCACCCAUUUCUCUAUCUCCAUUUCCAUCUAUUGCAUCCUCAUUUGUCACGUUAAUUAUUUUUCAAGGUAAUAUGGUUAAUUUUCUGUUAUCGCUGGCUAUACUCUUCAAGUUAACUUUCUUUAAACUGUUAAUUGCAGACUACAAUGGUCAUGAUUUGAAUUCCAAAUUUCAUAAUAUCUUUUUUUUCGAUAUAGAAACAAUAUAAGAUGAUAACUUUCUUUUACUAACAUCUCUUGUGUUUUUUGUCAUGUCAGUAGGAUAUCCGUGUUAUUUUUAUCCCUUGAUUUCUUUCUUCUGGGCAUGCAGAUGGCAAAAGAUUUGGAUGCAAUAUUAAAUCAAUCGGAUGCUCAGCCAGCAAAAAGUUGUUCGAAUGAAGCUGGUGUUGUUUCAUUCCUUGAUGAAAUUAUUUGUCCUAUGUACGAAACAAUGAAAGCAGUACGUUAUCAGAAACCUUUUUUCUAAAAGAACUUUAAUUCUAUGUUGCAUCUUCAACAGCCAAGAUGAGCCCCAUCAGUGUAGAAGGGUGUGCACAUUCUGUACCAUCUGAUGUGAUUUAUGUCUUGUAUCUGAUAUUCUUGGCAUCAUAUGGAACAUUGUUGUCUUUCUAUUAUAGCAUAGGUCUAAUAGCUGGUUGUUUGGCUUGAGGGUUGUUGGUUUGAACCUUUUCCCUGAUAGGGUUUUUGUUUCUAUAUUCUCCAUACCUAUUUGAUCAUAAACACGGGUAUCUUUUCCAUAAAAUGUCUGCCUUCAUCAUGAACCUCGGAAAAAAUGAAUCGCAGUAUGGUGGUGCCACCUGAAAUAUUGGAAUAAUACCCAAGAAUUUGCAUUGCUUUUUCCUCCAAAGUAUCAUGCAUGUAAUUUUGUUUCGUUUUAUUUGUUGAUUGUUUUUAUUUUCUCUCUAUAAAUGAUGUUGGUUUUAGGAGGCUGAUAGAAAUAAUAAUGGGAAAUCUGCACACUCAGCUUGGCGGAACUAUGAUGACUUCAAUGAAUAUUUCUGGUAUGUUUUUUUAAACUUCCCAUUAUGGUGUCAUACUGGCAUUACCAUCCUCCUAAUAUCAUUUAUUUGAAUUAGGUCACCUUCUUGCAUGAAAUUGAGCUGGCCACCAGAGAGAAGCUCAGCAUUUUUAUUAAAGCCAACUAAAAGGAGAAGAGUUAGUUUACUCUUUCGCAAGCUUUAUUUGUCUUUGUGAUUGUUGGUUCCUUGACAUUUUACUGUGUAAUUUGUAUUUAGUUGGGCUUGAAAGCAAGCAUCCUUCUGGUUUUAGUAAAGAAGUCGUAUUACUUUUGAAAGUUAGUCGCAUCAUAAGUAUUUUUAGUUCAAUCUUUGUGCUGAAAUUUUUUUCCCUACCAUAAGUGAUGGUUCAAUGUAAGAAAAUAGUUGGUUGCAGGGAAUAGGAGAAGUAUCAAAAUAAGUGUGGUAAAAUUUUGCUUUUAGGAAGAGGUUCAGAGAGGACGACUCAUGAAUAUCUUCUUUGGGGACGUCAUGACCAUCUUAAUUUAAAUUUGAUUCUGUGGCUCACCAUACCUUUUGUCUUCUAAUUUCUUCUUGUUUAAUUUAUAUCUCAAUGCUGCAGCCUUUGCUUGUUGCAUAUUCGUUUGUUUUUUGAAGUUCCAUUUUGUUACUUGACUGAUAUUCAUUCGUUCCUAGUUUAAGCGUGACCUGUUUAAUGGGUGCAUAAUGUUGGUAUCUCAGCAGGUGGUCUUUGCUGUAUUUGGUUAGGGAGCAAUAAGGUAUUUCGUCCAGUUAUAUAUCAGUGUGCUGAAGAUGUGAUUGAGAUGGGGGGAAAGAGUUUGGAAAGUUUCCUUUUUAAUUUUGGAGGGGAUGAAACUUCCAUUUUAAGAGCCCUUUAUUUAUAGGUGGUGCUUGCCUGUCGUGUAAUUCUGCUACGAUCCUCUAUGGGAGGUUCAAAUCUGGACAAAAACAGGAGAGACAAAAUGCUAGUAUUGAACUCACGGGCUCUCAUCAGUGACGAGAGACAAAACAACGGGAUGAACAGUCUCUUCAGAUAACAUAGACGAAAAGGGAAAGAAGAGGGAAAGAAAGGUGAAGUAUGGGAACAAUGUUUGAGGGGGUUCCCCGCCUCUCCAAAAUACGAUCUUCCUCCCCUAGAUCCCCUCUUCUCAUUCUGUAUUUAUAACCCAUCUCACGUGCCGAUGCACGUGACUUUUUUUCUUACGCCUUCUGCAGGUCAGUAGUGGGGUUGUAUCAAAUUUUUUAGUCCUCUCGUUAUGUGCAAAUGUUCUUGAAUCUUGCCUUUGGUUGACCACAAGUCAGUAUGAUUGCAUGUUCUUCGAUUUCUGUCUCUGAGGUCUGAAAGGAUUAUUUUAUGUUAUAAAGCGCAUGAUUGUGUUAUAAAUGCAUAAUGACUUUUACCUUAUGCUUUCAUUUUCUCUGUUUGUUAACUGUACCUUUUGCCAUUACGUUAAUAUACAUUUUGAUUACUUUUAUGUUUAUAGAUUAAUCUAAAUGUACUUUCUUGAUCCUUAUUUUUGAAUUUGAGUGUGUCUUGCCCAUUUUUGGGGCUUCUUUUGCAUGUAUUUCCUCGUAAGGCCUUUUUUUUGUCUUGUCUUAGAUCUGUGCCUCGGGAAUUGAGUGAUGUAUGUAUUCUUUGCUAAUAUUUUCAUCUUGUUUGAUACUCCACCUAGAAACGACACCGUUAGCUUAAGUUGUUGGUGUAAAUAGAUGAACUGCCCAAGCAUUCUGAUUCAUCUCUUUUGGUGAUAGAUUAUGCUUCGUGGGUCAACCAACUACAGUUGGUUUUAAAUAGGUUUUUCAGAAUAUUGAUAGAAACGAUUGACUGUAGGGUCCUGUAUUUAUGUCAUCUUUGACCAAGCGUCUGUAGUUUCUUGUAGAUACGUUUUGUUGACAUGUGUCCUUAGAGCUACAGGGAGAGGCGUUUUAUACAGUUCUACUGUUCUCCUAAUUUCCUAUGUAUACGCACUUAGGCUUUUUGACCUGAAUCUGAUCAUUAGUUUUCGUUAUUGACAUUUGCAGACUGGAAAAAGUAGCUUUGUUGAGCAUCGCACAUUUCUCCACUUAUAUCGGAGUUUCCAUAGGUUAUGGAUUUUCUUGGCCGUAUUCUUUCAGGUUGUUUUCUUUCUUCUUUUUUCAUUUUCUGUAAGUAUUCUUUGGAUCAGGUUUUCUUUAUCGUUUUUUCUUCAUAACUUUUCAGGGACUUGCAAUUAUAGCUUUUAACCAUGGAACCAUAAAUACUGAUACUUUUAAAGAGGUUCUCAGCAUCGGACCAACCUAUGCUGUCAUGAAGUUUGUUGAGAGUAUGUCUACGGCUUUGUGUUUGCAGUGACCCUGGACUUUGGUUUUCAUGCUUUGCAUGAGUUCCCUGAUUGCAGAUUUUUGUUCACCAUUCAGGCUCAUUGGAUCUGUUUCUUAUGUUUGGAGCAUAUACAACAGCUAGAGGUUUUGCACUGUCAAGAUUGAUUAUUAGAUUUUUGUGGUUUGGCAUCAGUUCAGCGUUCAUAACUUAUAUCUACAUGUAAGCAUGCUAUUCUCAAGUACAAUUACUGCUUAUCGUGUUUCUGAGUUGUCUUUCUUUCUGCUUGUUUUUUUUUAAUGGAUUUUUUUUUGCAAAAUAUGCUUAUCUAAUGUCUCCAUUAAUAUUUAUUGUUAAAAAUUAUUUAUCACAGAAAUGUCUUGAAGGAGAAGAGUAGGCCAAACUCAAACUCGAGCUAUUUUAGAAUUUAUAUACUUAUCAUGGGAAUCUAUACUGCCAUCCGCGCCUCAUUCGCUUUGCUAGUCAAAUUUCCAGCUUGCCAUGGACUUUCAGAUGUCUCUGAGAAGUGGCCAUUCUUUCAGUUCUUCAAAUGGAUAUACCAGGUCUUUUACUUGCUAUCCUUUGUAAAAGCAGUUGAUGACAUCAUCUUCGCAUGAUUGGCCAUAAAUAUUCAUAUCUGUGUUUUGCUGUGCUCAGGAACGAUACUAUGUUGGGCGGGGUCUUUAUGAGAGGACAAUCGACUAUGUCAGGCUAGUCUUCAGCGUUUUCAGUUUACCUGUUUGCUGUUGAGUGUGGUCACUGCUCUUCGUUCCUGAAUGUUUAACUUUUAACGUUUUCAAAUUACUGUGAAUAAAACUUUUGAAUAGAAACUCAACUUCUUACAUAUUCUUUACCUAUUUGCAAUCAUAUUUUCAAAUUGACUAUCCUACUUUUCUUCGUUGGACUUGGAAGUUCAAGUUUGUUUGAAACAUUUCUAGGAUAGCGCUCAGUUUAAGUUUAUGUAUCAUACCUGUUAAGAAGAGUGUAAUAGUCAGCUUGAAUAUUGAAAGGCAGACCUUGCUUCAUGGGGUGUAUGGUGGGAUGCUUAGCUUUGACAUACUUGAGUUUUCGUCUCUGUAAACUUAGGCACUUUAUCUAUUCUACAAACUAUGUCCACAAGACUACAGACUAUCCGAAUAUGUUUCUUUUUGUUUCGGAAUGGUGGAUGACGUGACAAAGUAAAAGUGAAUGAAGGUUGUGAAUAAUUAACAUUCGAGAUUUCAGUAUCUUGCCGCUGACCAAAUGGUUUUUGGGGGUCGAUGAAGCGCGAUUAUGGUGGGUAGUCAUUGAGAAGAAGUAUUAUAGAAGGGGAUUAUUGUGAUACCUUCAUCCUACUGUUUCUGAUGAUGUCUUCAUUGGAUGGAGGGAUUUUCUGCAGGAAAGAUAUAUUAUGAUGGCAGGCUUGGGAAUGGGGAGAACAGACUAUUUUGAGUGGAGUGGUGGUGUUGAAACACUUCCUUGAUGAUUUCCUGAUGCUGUACAAAGUUUAGAGUAUCCGUUCAUACCAGGAGCUAAGGCUUUUGAUCCGAACGUAAUGAGAGGCUGUUGGUGUCCAAGAUUUACAGUAAUUACUUGCUCAACAAAGUGAUAUUGACUAAGUGAUAGUAUCAAUGAUUACUUGCUUAACCUUGUCAACGACGAUCACUACAUUUUUCGAUAGUAAAUUUGCUGAUUAAAGUAGGCAAAGUUACUGGAGUCUCAGUAAGAUCAGGAUGGAAGCUGUAGUUUUUUUAUCUGUUUUGCUGGCAGUUUAAUAUCCUUUAUAUUAGAGUCCCUAUCAAUCAUAGAUAUACAAUUGUGUAAGGGUCAGGAAAUUAUUAUGCAGAAGUUGACAAAUCCAUUGACUGGAUGGAUGGACAUUGUCAUGCAGUGGCUUCAUAAUCCUAUGCGAGAUAAUGCUUCUCUGAAAGCACUGGAGUUAAGUGGAUAAUAAUCGGAGUCCGUGGUUUUUACAAUUAUUAGAGUCAGAAUAAAGUCAGGGAAAGAUCACGACCCGACAACAAACAUUGUAUAGUACCCCACAGAUUUGUUAGGAUCACAUGAGCAUAUAGCCCAUCUGCAGUUGUCAGAGACAUGCCAUAAAGAGCUGUGUGAAUGGCCCUUGACCUGUGUAGUUGAAGUGCACGUGAGAGGAGAUGACAACUUUUUUUUGUCGUGGGUCAAGUAUGGUAGAAUUGACCAAAAACUUAUUCACUAAUAAGGUCUUGUGGAAAACGACUUCAGUGGUUUUACUGGUGAUUAAUACCCUAAUUAUUAUGGUUUACGGAUGGAAUGGAAUUCUUUGAGUUACUCCAACUGAAGUUCUAGGCCUCGCAAGUUUGCAUUCUCAAUAUAGGUUGAAAUUUCAAUUGGACUAGUGCAUAUCCUGGCAGGGACAACUCUCGUCUGAAGUAAAUUCAAAUGAUAAUACCACUUCUAAGUAAUUGUUCUUGGAAGUUAUCAUUAAUUUUCCUCAUCUUUCCGUUUUGUUAUUUCCCAUUUUGUCAAUGUUGUUACAAAUUUGUGCCAUCCACACCUGGAGAAGGUUAAAUAACAAGACAAUUACUCUCAUAAAAUACUCAUUAUGCUUAUGUCAAUAAUAUCUAGCUGCAGAUGUUAUAGUUUUUGUUUUCUGAAAAUUUCUUUUUUGCUGGAUUUUCAUGUAAUUAUUGUUUUUGAAUUGCUUAACAUCUUUUGAUUUUAAUCCUUGACAUUCAUUUUUAAAUACGUUUGGUUGUUCUUUUCCAUAAAUACAGAUAUGUGGCCUUUUGGUUGGUAGUACUUGGUUGCAAAUUUACCUUCGCGUACUUCCUACAGGUGACUGAAUUUGUUAGGCUACUUUUUUAGAUCGAUUUUUGCUGAGAUCUGCUGCUUUGUCUUAUAAUGAUUUAUUUCGGUAAUAUUGGGCUUUAGAAUGUUCUUUUGUUGAUUUUUCAGAUUAAACCUCUGGUACAGCCAACGAACAUUAUUCUUUCUUUGAGAAAUUUACAAUAUUCGUGGCAUGAUCUUGUCUCAAAAGGUACGAAAUCGUUUCAUUUUAUUUGGGGUUGAUCAAAGGGGCCAAUAGGUGGCACUCUUUCUUAUUUUGUUGACGACGUGUAUAAUUUUGAGGUGUACUACUCUUAACUGUGAAAAUUGGAAAAUUUUCUAUAUUUAUGGGUUUGCACUUUCUGCAAGGAAAAUGAAACAUAUUCUGCAGGCAUCAUGCUUUAACAGGGUUCAUUGAUGGCAUUUCCCCUUGUUUGUUGAUCAGUGUGCAAUUCUCUCAUUACCUUUCCUUGUAAGAUGGAUAUUGGUUUUUAAUUAUUUGAAUGGCCUUGCCUUGCAUUUUUUUUUUGUUGUUGCUUCAGAGGUAUCUGUGACAAACCGUCGCGUGAUGGUAUCCAUGAUAAAUUUUCUUUUCAAGUGAAAUUUGGUCAAUAAUUAUGCUGUCUAGAGCUGAUACUGAUGACAUCUUCUAGCCAGAGUGUGUACGUAGGUGGUGCCCUUUUGGAUGGAACUGGCUCAUUGUUGUAUAUUUUUUACAGUUGGUUCAAUUAGAUGGUAUCCAUUUUUGCGGAGAUAAUUGAUGCAACUUCUUUUGAUAUUGUCUUUGGAAAUGUGUCAUCCCACUGAGAUUGGUCAAGUCGUGUUGAACUUUAUAAUUGGUAAUUGAGUUUGAUGGGGUAAAAGUUGAUCCUUCAUUAAAACCUAACGAAAAAGGGAAAAAUUAGGCUGGAUGUUUGUUGAUCUCGCUCAAAUCUGUUGGGAUAAUUUUUUAUGGGGUUCCGUGAUUUAUUCUUGGUAAAUAAGAUCCCAAAGAAGGAAUGGUAUAACCGAAAGUGCGGAAAAUAAGAGAGGACGGAAAGGGUCUGCUAGGAGUAGUAGGUGGAAGUAGAUUUCUAUUAGUGUACGUUCAGUUUUAUCCUAAUUUUUCUCAUGACAUUGGAAUUGGACAAUAAUACAUCGAGAUGCCUUUUUGUUUUGCCCGGUAAUGGCAGCCUUCUGCUGUGGGUCUUAUAGUUGUCUAUGUCCAUGAGAUAUUGAAAUGAAGUUGACCUAUUAAGCUGCUUCCGUACCUGUUGGAGUUGGAUCGCCCUAGAUUUCGAUUUUUCUAUGAUGGGAUGUUUUCCCACUCUUGAUUCUUAGAACCGUUUUAAUUUGGUCGCCUAUGUUGCUAAAGCCAGAGCAUUAGACAAUCUGAUAGUAAUGUUCGAUGAUAAUUUGGUUUCUUUUAAAAACUGAAUAAGUGUUGAUCUGAUGAAGAAUCUUGCUCGUCCUGAAGUCAAAACCAAGAGUGAUGAUUUUGUUUGCUUUUUCGAUAAAUCUCGUGUGCUGUUGGCUUGAUUUUCUUAUGACUCAUGUGCUUACUUUGUUCAGGCAAAAUAUGCUUUGCCGAGUCAAAAUAUGGAUUUAGAAAGCAGAUGUUUAGGUGAUAGUUUUCUGGAGAAAUUUAAUUUAACUUUUCUCUUGGACGUUUGUUUCAGGGAAUAAGAAUGCGUUGACACUUGCUUGUCUGUGGGCACCAGUGGUUGCUGUAAGUUUCUUAUGGAGGAACCUAGCUGAUUUAGUUUUCAGAACAUUGUGUACAUAGUUUGUUGUGGAAUAUUUGUGCCGUAAUUCAUCAUCCAUUAAUCAUUGAAUUUGUUCCACUCUAUUGUUGCUUUAGAUCUACCUCAUGGAUAUCCACAUAUUUUAUACACUCCUCUCUGCGCUUGUUGGUGGCAUUAAGGGUGCUCGUGCUCGUCUCGGGGAGGUUAGGUUCAAGAUUGCGAACACGUUUCUGAUUUCUUGCGAAAAGGUUCUCUUUUAUCGAUAGUUGGAUUUUGAUUGAUUUUUCUUGAUUGAUAAAUGUAGAUUAGGUCAAAUGAGAUGCUCCACAAACGUUUUGAGAGCUUCCCAGAGGCAUUUACUAAAAAUCUCGUGUGUCCUCAGAUGAAUAGGUGCUUCUCUCAGUCAGUUGUUUGCAGAACGUGAUCUUUAACCGAAGUUUUAUCAAUUUCUGACAACUUUGUUUCUUUUCAUUUCUAGGACGACUUCGAAUAGGCACGCUCCUCAGGUAAAAGUUGGUUUCCUAUAUUUGACUCUUUUGGCCCUUAUUGGCUUUCUUAACUUUGUCCUGAUAAUUUGCACGAGGCCCACGUUAUGGGAACCUUUGGUCUCCAUCUUUCCCUGUUUAUUUCAACUCCAAGUGAUGGGUCCGCUGGGAAGUUAACUUCCUUUUUUGUGAAUUCCUAGGGAUGGUAGUGAGACAGAAUUGUUAGCGGGGUGAUAUUCACUUGCGUUGGAAUAAUAUCCCCGCAUAAGGUGGUGAUCAUUAAAACUUAUUGCUGGGAGUCCGUUUGGGGGGGGGGGGGGGGGUUCAUUAACGGGGUAAUCCUUGGUAUUAAUUUUCGGCAGUGGAAUCUCCUGAUUUCGAGUAAUAUUUUGCAUACAUUGACGUCAAUAUUGGAAUUGGGUGACCUUAUGUUAUUCCCAACCACGAUUCGACAUGGACAUUACUUUGAGAUUUCUUUAUAUCUGCAUGCUUUAGUGGGUCACAACAAUAAUUUAUCCUAUAAAUGCAAUCCCUGUAGAUUACUGGCACGAGUGCAUUAAUAGAAACACAUUGACAUAGUUUCUUUAAAUUGUUGACUUUCUUGAAGGUUCUCUAUCUUUUGUUUAGUCAUUAUUCAUUAAGUUCGAUUUAUUUAUUAGUAAUGAUUCUUCUGAUUUUAUACAAUGGUGUAAGAAAGUUUUGGUGAUGUGUGAUCGUACUCUUUAGGGACAUGAGGAGUCUAAGAAGAUUCAUGCUGCUACGUUUGCUCCAUUUUGGAAUGAGAUCAUUAAAAGCUUGAGAGAAGAGGACUACAUCAGUAAUCGGUAUACAUGUCUAAAAUUAUGUAUGUCGUCGGUGCUUUAAUGGUGUUGUCCUUCAAUUUGUUGUAUUUCUUCUUUCUCAUUGAACAUUCAGGGAGAUGGACUUGCUUUCUAUGCCCAGCAAUUCUGGGAGCUUGAGAUUGGUUCAGUGGCCUUUGUUUCUUCUGAGUAGUAAGGUCAGUCUUCCUGGCACUCGACUUUACGCGGAACAACAAUGCCUUCUUGUUUCUGUAACCAUUCCUUUUAUUUUUUCUAGAUAUUCUUGGCGGUGGACUUGGCUUUUGACUGCAAGGAUACUCAAGCAGAUCUCUGGAAUCGAAUAUCUAAGGAUGAAUAUAUGGCAUAUGCUGUUAAGGAGUGCUAUUAUAGUGUUGAAAGAAUUUUACUCUCUUUACUUGACGGUGAAGGCAGACUCUGGUAGGCAUAUGUAGUUAUUCAAGUUUCUGUUUUGAAUAUCAGUUGUUUUCUUUCUAGUAAACGUUUAGUCAUUUUUGAGGUGAAUUAUUGUAGGGUUGAGAAGCUCUUUCGUGAACUUAAUAGCAGUAUUGCAGAGGGUUCACUGGUGGUCACUGUGAACCUUAAAAAACUACAGGCAUUGUUGUCACGGCUUAUUGGUUUGACUGGUCUUCUUGUAAGUCAUCGGGUUAUAUUGUAGUUUUAUUGAUAUCCAGGCAUAUUCAUUUUCAUUUACCAUUUAAAUCUCGCCAAAAUUUGCUUGUUACUGUUCAUGCGUUUUAUUUUGAGAAAAAUAAAUCACUAUGCGUUUCGAUGUGUUUUAAAUGUAGAAUUGUGGAGAAUGUGUUUUGCCUUCUUACUUGAAAGAUUGUUUCAUUUGAACAUUGUAAGGCACCUAAAAAAUUUCUUCUGUCAUCAGAUUUUUCCUGUAGAGUUCGAUAUAUGGAUGUUUCUCAGAUAUUCAUUUCCGCACAUGGUCAUUUCCUGAUGAUUCUUAAUUUUCUUUUUUUCAUGCCCUGUUCUACUUUGUAUGCAUACGCAAUUCGUGGUAUCUUGUUUUUGUUGGUACAAUGAGAAUGAAGACUAUAAUUAUCUCUUGCUUGUCAUCUCUCGAUUAUUGCACACUCAGAAAAAAACCAUGACUGCUUUCAUGAAUAUGAGAGAUAAAACAUAUGCAUUGUUCAUGCAAGCAGCCAAAUGGGGUACAUGAAUUUUUCGCAAAUAAUUCAAAGCUUUUUGGUUGCUUAUAAUAGUUAUUUUUAAACUGACAGUGAGCCCAUUUUUGUAACUCAAUAAACUUUGCAUUUAUCUCGAUUAACCUCGGUACUGACGAUGAUAAUGAAUGGUCUAAAAUGCAGUGAAAGAAUAAGAGAUCUUUGGAUGAAGUAGCCUAAGGGGGGGACGUUAAGUUAGAUAAUUAUCUAGUGUUUUAAAAUCUGUGCUGGGGAGAUGUUUGGCAUAGGUGCUUGUUUUCAGCAAACCAAAAUAGAGUGACAAUAUUGAUACUGGUAUUUGGGAUAAUGGUGGCUCCAUAUUAUCAGGGUGAACUUUUUUUGCUGACUUUAGCCACAACAAAGGGCCCGUAACUAAUGACAAAGUCUAGUUUGAACUGGCCUUAUCUCGGAUUUAUCAUCCCAUUACAGCAUUUACUUGGAAAGUUAUCCUCAAUGGUUGGUUACAUGGGAGGGUUGAUUUAAAUAUGGGUCAUAUUGGUGAAAAUUCCCUUUAUCUAUGAUUGGAUCAGGGAAUGUACAUCAUUUUUCAUUCAUUCUGAGGGUUGAUUUUUUUUAAUUUAUUUCCUCGCACAUGUUGUCUUAUACUUCAUAACAGCACUCAUUUCCUAUAGUAAAUGUGGUUAUUUUUUCCGCCUUUUAGACCAUAUCUCUCCAGUUUUCUUCACUCAUGGAUAUAUAUUAUGAUGUCACGGGCCAUUCUAAUUCUGAUUUUUUUAUUUUAUUGGGGUAAAUUUGCUGCCGUAUUAUUCCGUCUGUUCGUGUCGUUGGCGUGCUGAUUUGUUUCUGGACCUAGUUUAAUUGAUCAAGUUUCUUGGCUGCCUAACUUCUAUUUUUUCCAUGUUGUUUUAUAAUAUGUUUUAGUGUUAAUUUAAUCAUGAAACAAAUUAAUUCGGUCUGCAGGUCAGAAAUGAAUCUCCUGAUCUUGCUAGAGGUGUACCAAAGGCAGUGUUUGAUCUGUACGAUGUUAUUACUCAUGAACUGCUAACAGCCAACUUGAGGUCAAUUCUUAUUUUCUUUCUGAUUAAGUUAUGACCGAUCAAGUGGUCUCUUGCUUGCCAUAUGGUGCUCUUUUCUCGUAUAAAUAGAUCCUUUUCUUUUCUUUUUUUUGUUGGGUGAAAGGGAGCAAUUCGAUUCAUGGAACAUUUUAGCGAAAGCAAGAAAUGAAGGCCGACUUUUUUCAAGGAUAGAGUGGCCGAAGGAUCCAGAAAUUGUGUGUCUUCUAACCCUUUCUAAAAAUGUGUGUUCUUUAAAUCAUGAGUUGGCCAUAAAAUUUUAGCUUGAUUUAAUUGCAGAAGGAAUUGGUGAAACGCUUGCACUUGCUUUUGACUGUAAAAGAAUCUGCUGCCAAUAUCCCUAAAAAUUUAGAAGCAAGAAGAAGAUUGGAGUUCUUCAGCAAUUCUCUAUUUAUGAAUAUGCCUUCUGCAAAGCCAGUUGCUGAAAUGAUCCCUUUCAGGUUAAUCUGUGUUCUUUUUGGAUAUGUUUAUCUUUUUUAUGACACAUCUUUGAUAUACUUUUCCUUUGCAGCGUAUUUACUCCUUACUACAGUGAGACUGUAUUGUACAGUUCCAGUGAGCUACGGGUUGAAAAUGAGGAUGGAAUCUCAAUUCUUUUCUAUCUUCAGAAAAUUUUCCCUGGUAUUGAUGAUUGUUAUUUUAUUUUUCCUUGGGGAUUUUUCCCCUGGCAAUUUUCUGGCAGCAUGCACCUUUUUGCUUUGGUAGCGUCUUCUUUAUGAUUCUUUUUUAUGCUUCAUUCUUCUCUUUUCACCCUCACAACUUCCUUUGAUGUGAUACGUAUUCAUCAGCAUCAUAAGUAUUGUGCCAUUGUAUUUAUUUCUGUGCAGUUAUUUUGAUACAGCUAAUGGACUGAUCUUUUGGUUCGUUUGACUUAAACUAACUGACUGUUCUUUAGGUUCAAUUGGCUGCUCUGAUCUGAUCUGCCUGCCAUUAGAAUAAUGAACUCUGAGUUAAUUUGUGUAAAGUCACUGCUUUCAAGAUGACAAGUUCAGAAAGGAACGGCAUUCUGGGACAGAAUGCCGUUAUAUGAUGAACAAUAGUUGAGAAAGGGAUGGUAUAUAUUUGUUCCUAAAAGCUGAAUGAUGUCGUGUGGUCUGGCUUUGCUGAAAAAAGAACUGGGUGUUAAAGUUAUUUUAGACGAAUAAUUACAAAUAUCUGGGUUAACCUGGGAAAGUUUAGUGCACGCGAAUCUUGUUAGUUGGUCGAUUUGAUUGAGGUUUAAACACGAGAAUGUGCUAAAUUGUAUUUAAAUAAAGAAUAUUUCGGAAAAUACUCCUUGAGACUUACUAGACAUUUUUUUGGCUAAAAUUUUAUAAAAAAAAAUUUAUUUUCCCCUUUUCAUGUCAAGUGAAAUGUUGGGAAGCCCUUCAGAAUGGAACAUGUGUAGGGAAAUUUUGCUUUGUAAUAGCGCUGAAAAGUCAAAACGCUAUGCAUUUUAAUGGUGGUUGGUGACUCUGUAUCCUUGAAGAUUAGGUGAGAUAUGUGCAUAUAAUAGGAACUCGUAAGGGUCCUAAAUUCUGGGCUGAAGUGGGUGCGAUUUUUUGAGCGAUGUGACUUGCGCCAUGCGAUUUUGGCACGAGUUGACCAUACUGGGAAAUGUAGUUUAGGUUGCAUCUUGUGUUAUGGAGCAUACGUCAGCCAAUUCAGCUAUUUCUUCUCUAUAUGAAACUUACAGAUCCUAAACUCUAUUUGACUUCUGUGAGUCACAUGGAUUUGCCAUCAUUCUCGUGCAAUUUUUCUGGUCAUUCAUUUGAGGUCAAUACAGGGCCUUCUUCUGAUUUUUCAGGUAAGUUCGCUUAGUGAUAAACACCUUUGGGAAUUGCAAGAUUCUUGGUAGCACUCAAAUAGGUAUCCUUGUAAGCGAAUGCAUUCCAAUUUACUAGUGCAAGGGGAUUAUUGUGAUCAAACUGGAUCACGCUACAUACAUACAAGCCAAUACUUUAUAGGGUUUAAUUAUUGAUAGUGGAAUUGUUCGAAAUAGUGUAAUUGUUAAUCUUCAAGAAGAUAUCAUGGGUGCCAAUACCUACCGGAGAAAACUUAAUGUGGUCCAAUCGAAAUUUUCUAGUCUCUGUGGAACAUAUAUAUAUAUAUAUAUAUAUAUAUAUGGAAUUUAAAGACUAACUCAAUUACCACUUACGGCCACUGGCUUCCUUCCACUGUCGCGUGCCUCAGUUGUUGUCCAGUUCUGCUGUUUUCAUGGCAAAGCACUUGCACUUUCUGCCCAAAAAGAAGGUUGAGGUUGGAGUGACAAAUAUUAUUUUUACUUAGUUUUUCUACAUAAGUAAUUGUUUAUAUUUUACAAAUUAUAUUUGCACCUAUUUUUCUAUCGAAUCCCUCAUUCCCCUUUGAUGUCCAAUUAAUUGACUGGAGUUGUCCAAUCUGGUUUUCAAAUCUAUCAUGAACCCUGUGCAGCCAUUAAACCACAUUGUACAUACAUUUUACAAAAAUAAGCACCGUCUGAAGAAUGGAAGUCAUGUGGCUAGUGGAUGAUACAUUUAUUAUGAAUUCAGUCUGCUGUGUGGUCUGCAGAACGAUGUUUCCUUUUUAAGGUUUUCUUUACAUUGUGAGUUGGAUUCCCCUCAGAUGAAUGGGAAAACUUUUUGGAAAGAACUGGUCGUGAUGCAUCAAGCGCGGAGUCUCUUCAGACAAGCUUAGGGGACAGCUUAGAGUUGCGGUUUUGGGUAUCUUACCGUGGGCAAACCCUUGCAAGAACAGGUAAAAAAAUUAUAAAUGAUUACAGAUUCUUCUACCGAGUGAACUUGAAUCAUGACUAUGACCAGUAAAGUGGAUCAAAUAGUCGUAAACCAUUUUGUUUGAUGUGACUAUCAUCAAGUCUUUUCAUAUAUAUAUUUUUUUGAUAUUAUUGCUUUUUGACUGCAGUGCGUGGUAUGAUGUACUACCGAAGAGCCUUGAUUCUUCAAAGUUACUUGGAAAAGAGAUCUGUAGGAGGUUUAUUAUUUGAUCUUCCCUUCUUCUUGUGCUAGGCUUAGCAUUGUAACAGGACUAUCGUGUUCAGGCUUGAAGUGUUCGUGCAGGGAUUGAAGAUGGCUAUUCAGGAUCUGACUACAUUAAUAUAGAGGGAUAUGAGCAGUCCCUUGAAUGUCGUGCACAGGCAGAUCUGAAAUUCACAUAUGUUGUCUCAUGCCAAAUUUAUGGGCAACAGAAAGAGAAAAAGGCUCCAGAGGCGGCUGAUAUUUCUCUUCUGAUGCAGAGGUUAUUGAUAUUCUUCAUGAAUUAUUAUGCUCAGCAUUUAGUUAGUAGCUUAUUGAAGCGUUACCGUUCCUGUUGGGCUGCCAAAGUCAAUUCUUUCAAUCCUGAAAAUGGAUUUAGGGCACAUUUUUCGAAGAUAAUUCAAGAAUGCUCAUCUGUUCUACAUGUUUGCUAUAUGCGUCCCGUGCAUAUUAAUUAUAUGUUUUUUCUUUGUUUUGUUAUCAGAAAUGAGGCUCUCCGCGUUGCCUUUAUACACUCUGAAGUAAGGGAUUCACCUGAUGGUAAGAUUAUGGAAUUCUAUUCAAAGCUCGUGAAAGCUGAUGUAAACGGAAAGGAUCAGGUGAAUUCCCUUUGUUGUGCUAGAUGGUUCUUUAUUCUUUACUUUGGAUGCGCUCCAUUGAUUUUCUUCGGUUGUUUUUUUGGUUUUCAAUUUUCUAUUAUAUUUUUCAAGCGAUUGCCGCUUCUUCUUUACUACAAAAGAAACGAAAAAAUUGUUGAUAAAUGAAAAUAGAGUACAUUCACAAGCACUCUCAUGACAUAAGUAUCUAGAUCAUGAUUCUAUGUAUCAUUUCAUUUUUGAUUUAGGGUAAACGUCUGCAUGUUGUUGUAUAUUUUUGUAUCUACAGUGAAAGGGGGUUGCAUAACGGCCUUCAGUUUUUUCCUGAGAAGCUGCUAAUUCCCGGCAUUUUCUGUCCAUAAUGUUUCGAGUAUAUGUUCAUGGAAAAAGGCUUCUGCCAAGUUAAUAAUGCAAAUUAGACUGUAUAUGCUGGUUCGUAUUCCUCACAAAAUAGAGGUACUCUUUACAUAAUGAUCAUGGUCGUUCUCUCAUGACUUCUCUUUUUUCGUAUAACUCGUGAAAAUUAGAGGAACAGACAUGUGGGAAGACUUGUGAAACGGUGAAAUGAACAUUUGUGUACAGGGUAGGCCAGAGAAAGGGAUGAGUAAUUAUGGAGAUCCAUCUGAGCUCCUGCAAAAAUUUGGAAUGUUCCUUGGCUUCAUGAAAGCUGAAAAAUGUAGACCUUUCUUCUUGAUAAUAGUUUCUGUGUGGCAAACAAGGAUGCUUACUCUUAGUAACAAUGUUUGUGUCAUUUAGAUCACAGUAUUAUGGUAAAUUUCGCUGACUUGCUGUCUCAUGUGCUCUGUUUCUUGAAGCCUGGUACACGGGUUUUCUUUUUAUUACAUUGCCUUAUUUGUUUGGGUAUUUGCUUGCACUGGUUCCAUGCUCCUUCAGCAGGUUCAUCAAGCAUGAUAGAGAAAUCAAAAUUCACUUGUGGUGAACAAAAUAUGCAUCAGUCGGAAUAAAUCUCUUAUAUAUUUACUUAAGAAAAGAUGAGUGCUGAAAAUUUACAGCUUCAUAAAAUAAUUUCAUUUUUUAUUGGUGUUGAAGACUCUUGAAGAUUUUUUUAGAAACCAUUUAUUUUUUCAGAUACUAACGUUGGUGUUUCACUGUGUCUUUAUAAUAAUAGUAGCUUUUCUUGUGGUAGGAAGUAUAUUCCAUCAAGCUGCCUGGUGAUCCCAAACUAGGAGAAGGGAAGCCUGAAAAUCAAAAUCAUGCUAUAAUUUUUACUCGUGGUGAUGCCAUUCAAACUAUUGACAUGAAUCAGGUCAUUGCUCCUAACUUCCUAAUUUUGAUAAGUUGUUUGAAAUUUUAUUAUAAAUUUUUUAAUUAUUGUUAUUUUUGGCUGUGAAAUGUAAUAUGGUUGCAUCUCUUGACUUUUUUUAAAGUGAAUUUUUCGCCUCAGUGAACUAGGCUAUGCUGCUCAUCAUACUUAUCUAUCCUUGGUGUUUAUUUAUGUAAGGUGUCAGGUUGUUUUGUCUGAAUUUCUUGGGACAAAUGGGUCGGACUUGGGGGAGAAUUUAUGGGAUCACUUUGCUAGGUCUUUACUCCAGCCUGUAAUCAGUUGUCUUCGAAAUUAUGUGAUGAACUGAAGGGUCUUUCUCACAAACGGGUUUAUGAAUGGAAUGAGGGAAAGAUAAAGAUAAAUAUGGUUUCCAGACUAGAUCUUGUCGGAUAGAAGAAGGGACUUCUGGUGCACUUCAUGGCCAUCAUAUUCUAACUAGAAUGAUGGAAAACUUCUGUGAGAGAAGCAAAUUAGCUGCAAGAUGACAGUAACAGGUUGAAUGUGAUCAACUGAAGGGCCAAAAGGGAAAGAGGAAGUAUUCUAGAGUACAAAAUCAAUUCAUGAGAAAGUAUAUUAGAAUCCAGAUCCUGGCCUCUCUUGGAUAAAGAGGAGAAAUGAAUUACACAAACUGCGAACGAAACUUCUCAAAGAUACAAAGAACAAAAUCUUCGAGCGUAUCUCUCUUCGUAAUAAUUCGUCAAGCGUGGUUAUAUACGUCUCAUCAUUACUAAAAUUAAGUGUUUGAGCCUACACUCUACAAUUUAUUCCAUGAAGGGGGGAUAAAGUCUAUCAGUUGGGUAAAAAUUUGUCUUCGUGGAUGGAUGCGGAUUGCCAUUCCUAUACUCUAAUAAUGAUGAAAAUCGCUAUUUUCUGAAUUAAAGAAUCGAUCGUUACGCUUGUGGCAUUCUUUCUCUAUCCUUAUUGAGCAGGAUAACUAUCUUGAGGAGGCAAUGAAAAUGAGAAAUCUUCUUGAGGAAUUUCGACAAGAUCAUGGUCUUCGUCCUGCAACUAUCCUUGGUGUUCGAGAACACGUCUUUACUGGAAGGUUUAAUCCCUGGGUUUUAAGUUGAUCUGACCGCAAGUUAUAUUUCAAGCUCUAUGUGAUGUUCUCUCUUCCUUCAUUUAUUUCAGUGUGUCAUCAUUAGCAUGGUUUAUGUCAAAUCAGGAGACUAGCUUUGUCACCUUGGGCCAACGAGUAUUAGCAGAUCCCCUCAAGUGAGUAUUUAAUUUUUUGAAAGCUAUUUGAUUGUCAUGCGUUUUUCUUUCAUUUAUCCCAUUUAGGAAACAGAAAGAUGUCUGACCGUGCGUGUAUGUUUUGUGUAUGUAUGAAUGUACACGGGGUGGGAGCGCGAUUAGUGUCAGAACACGGCUCUUGUAAUGCUGUUAGAAUGAUUUUACGCAUCAAGUACUGGAUUGAAUGCGAAGUAUUGGUGGGCCUACAUUCCAGGACUGGUGUGAAGAAGAGUUGAGAUUUACCUAAUCUGUGCCUGCUUGCCCGGAGGAUUGAUGGAAUGGAGUGGAUUAAUUUCUUUUGUCGUAUUGCAACAUGGGCGUAGGAAUGUGGAAAAUUAGUAAUCGUAUAACUUAGUAGGGACAGAUCGAGUGUUAUCUCAAUGAUUUUCAAUAUCAUUGUUGCCAGCGGGCCUUAUCCCAUCGAUCUCUGUGCGGUUAGGAUUUGGAGGAAGUCCUAAUUGCUACACCGGGGUUUUGACGAACCAGAGCGAUGGCUGAUCCAUCAGCCCCUGAGUUCAGUUAAAUGCAAUUGGCUGCUUUUAUUUGCGGGUCAAAACUCAUGCUUGAUAGGUCACAACACAUUUUGUCUGUCUAGGCUGCUUAUAAUGAUGCUUUCUUCAUGGGAACAAAAAAAAUGCAGUUCUUUGAGAGUAUCUCUCCUUAUCACUUGCAAAAACAUUGCAAAAUUGGUCCAGAUAGUCAACUUUUUGUUGCUGGAUUAGAAGAUAUUAGACAUGAUUAAUUGAAGAAAAUGAUUUCAAACCUAUGUGCAUAUUCUCUAUUGAGAAAUUCUCUCGUUCCUUCAGGUUCCUAUGGGGCACUAUUAUCUACCUUAGAGAAGGAGAUGAAUGAUAGAAACCAAGAAAGGAAACGUCGGGAUCUAUAUUGUUGAUUCUUUUGGAUGACGCUUGAAUUGAUAAACCCUCUUCAGUUUAGAACUCUGCUGAAUAGAUUUCCGUCGGGCUUUAUGUCAUGGUUGUUCAUUUAGUAAUUACGGGGGUGGUAUGUUCUUUUCUUGGUGCUUAGCACUCUAAGUUUGCUAAUAUUUCUCCAUAUUGCUUAUCUGAUCCUUUGUUCAUAUGUUGCAUUCAUUAAUUCAUUCUAUUAACUAUUCCGACUUGUGACAAUUUAUACCUUUAAUGAACUAAGAUUUUUUAUUUUCAAAGGGUUCGUAUGCACUAUGGGCACCCAGAUGUUUUCGACCGAAUAUUUCACCUAUCAAGAGGUGGUGUAAGCAAAGCAUCACGUGUAAUCAAUAUUAGUGAAGAUAUAUACGCAGGUAUCGUCAUCAGAUCUAGUGACUCCCGUAAAUUCUAUUUGAUCACAGUUACUGUCAUAUUUCCUUUUUCCAUUACGUAGGUCUUUAUGAUAUUCUCUCUAUCGGAGAGUUUUUUUUUUAUUAGCUCUUAUAUUUGAUAUGGGAGCUGUAAGCGAAUAGAAUUAGUACUUGUGUCAAGGCAUUGCAGGAUUCACAAGAGAAGUUGUUUGAAAUGAUCAGUACUUGAUUGACUAAUUUUAAUUGGAAUAAGUCAUCUAAAGGAGUACUGAUGAACUCUGAUUGAUCCAAUCUUGCAUCCGACAUAAAAAAAAACGUUUUGAGUAAAAUAACCCGUUCAUCAGCAAUAAAUGGAUGUAAAUCACAACAUCGAAAUACUGACAUCUGUCACAUAUGGACAUGAUAGAUGGGAGAAUCAUCCAUUUAUAUGCUACUGCAAUUUUAGCAGACUAUCCACUUAUCUAUGCCCCAACGAAAUCUGUCUCUCUCAGGUUCUCCAAUUUAUCUUUCAUUUUGAUGCUGAGCAGUAUUUUAUGUUCUAUUCCAACUACAUAUUUAUUCCUACUUAUGUAGCAUGGUACACGACAUUAGCACCGGCGGAUACUUUUUGUUUUUGAGAGGCAGCAAUCCGAUUCAUCUUGAAAUCUAAAAACAUAGAAGCAUAGAAUAAGAGUUGGAUGAAAAUCAGUUUUGCAGAAUGUGCUGAAUGAUGAAGGCUUGUGAAAAUCCCACGUUGAAGUGAUGAAUGACAACUAUGUUCAUGACUCUGAGUAAUAGAAGCCAUCUAUAAGAUUAGUCACAUACUAUCCAACCUUGAAGUGAUGAGUGGGAACUUGUUCAUGACAUAAUAUCUCCUAACAUUAAGGAAAAAUGUGUUUUGCCAUUUGUCCUAUAUCCUCUCUUUACUACGCUUGGGAUUUCUGACCAAAAAAGUCCUGGGCAUCUUGAUAGGAGGGGCUCGAUGGAAGAGCCUCAAAGGGUGAAUUAAACACCUCUACAAAAGGUCUUUGAUCUAUAUUUUCUCUUUCCUGCGCUGAUAUUCUCAGUUUCCCGAGGUAGAGAGUAUUUAGUCUCUCUCGUAUGCUUUACCAGAUUGAGGGUCAGGAAAUCAUGAAGCGUAGCAGAAAUAAGGCACCCAUUCAAUUCGUCUACAUCUUGCUUUUACUUAAGCUGUAGUUAGUUUGUUCCUGAACUUUCAACCUACUUGAAUCCACUUUAACGAUCGACCAACUAACAAAGUGCUGUUAAUUGAAUUAUUUGUCUCUUCACUCAGUGCCCUAUCAUUUUCUUUAAUAUAUCUGCCGUCAUCCCUUUUCUGUCUUGUCUCUCCUCUGUGUAUUGUUCUGGACCAAGGUUUUUCUUAAAAUCAUCUUUGCAUGUAGUUCUUGUAUGCACAUGAGACGUCGUGGCUGAAUAAACCUUGCUCUUGCCUUAAGACCGGGAGCCUCAUUCUCCCAUUUUCUUAUUUGACUGAUCACCAGAAACAUUACGCCCAGAUUACUCAUCAUUUUUUUGUACAACGUUUUUGACUCUUUGGAGAAUCUUGUCAUGCUCAAGGUUGUCAUAGAGAUGCGUUGUCAUCACCUUAAGGCACUGAGAUCAUUGUCUUUUUUUUUUUUGAAUGAUUAUGCACAACAUUAAUAAAAGGAAGGACAUUAAUACUUCAGGUUUUGCCCAUUUCACACGCAGCUGUGUUAUCAUUAGAAUAUAUUCUAGAAGAUAUGGCUAUGAUUGUUGUGCCUAUUUAAAUGUCUCCAAUCUCAUCAUAAAGGGCAAAUGAGACGGCUUUCUACGCCAAUGGGAUGAAUCAGCAGUUAGGUAUCGGUAAACUGAUCGGCUAGAGAGAAAAUGCGCAUCCUAAAGUAAAUUAUGAUACAUUGAUUAAGGAGGCGUCAUAUUAAGAUCUAAAUAUUCGCUGUGGGAUCUUCAUCUAUAUGACUUUCUCAGUAAUAAUGUAUGAUUUUAUGAUAUUAAAACGUGUCUAAACAGGUUCCAUCGCACUCUCAUGGAAACUUCCCAGACUGUGGAGACCAACUAUAUCACUGCCUGUUUCUUCCUUAGUCCUACACUUUCUGUAUCUGAAAUUUCCAUUUCAGGAUUGUGUUUUAUUUAUUAAAAACAUCUGAGACGUUGAUUCAAUUCAUUCAUUUGUCACUUUUCUGCCUUAUUUUUAUUCUGUAAAUGCCAAAAAUUCUUGGGGGAGCCUAUAUCCUGUUGUUGAGUGUGCAAUAUCUGUGAUCCAAGAAUUUCAUGGUCAGUUAUAUGAAUAUUUUCCUGCUUUUGUUUGGGAAAGAGAACAGUUACCUGGAAAUUCCGUUCUUCGUCCAUAUGAAGGCAAAAGUAGAUAAAAGUGUGGAUAACAAGGUGAUCUUCUUGGCAAAGAAGAUGAAGCCUGUUAUAUAUUGCCUAGACUGCCACCCCUGUAUGGUUGUUUCUGUGAUGCGGAGGUAGGGUAGUGACUACUUGAGAGGAAAGGUUUACAUAUGGGCUCUUCUUUGCUAGUAAGAAAAGAAAAGAAAAGAAAAGAAAAGAAAAAGCAGACUCCCCUUUGUGUUUACACUUAAAAGUAAAGUAAAGAAAAGAAAACUAUUUUUGAGCCAGUGUUCCUUAAGAACAGAAUCAUUGAUUUACACUUUUGAUCACGAUACGUGAACUAUUUUCAUCAAUUUUUGUGGCAGAGUAUUUCCAGCUAAAUCCUUAGCAUUCACUUCGCUGCAGAAGUAGAUUGAAAAUGAACUUUGGAGUGUCUCCAAAGGGUGUGAGCGUUUUGUUUAAUUUUUAGGAAUUCUGCAGAUCAAACCAAAAAUAACGGAAGAUCAUCGUUGAUUUUACUUAUCCCUGGUAAAUUGGACAUCAAAUCUAUCAUAGUUAAUAGUUCCUGCGAAGGGGCAUGAAAUAAUGAGGAAUUCAAUCAUUAACUUGACAUAAUUAAUCGCUCCCUCCAAAAUUUCGACCAAACCUCUUUUUUUGUAUGAAUUUGGCACAGAGUCGAAAUGUGUAAAGAUGGAAUAUAUCUUAAUGAAUAUUGUAUUAAUUUAUCUUGCAGGAUUCAAUUCAACAUUGCGGCAAGGCAACAUAACACAUCAUGAGUACAUUCAAGUAUGUGUCGUGCUUCUCAUUUUUAGAUACUUCUGAAAUUCAUCUGAGGCUUUCUGCAUUAUAUAUAAUAUUUUACCGUUGACAGGUUGGGAAAGGAAGAGAUGUGGGUUUGAAUCAAAUCGCAUUGUUUGAAGGGAAAGUGGCUGGUGGCAACGGAGAGCAAGUGUUAAGCAGAGAUGUGUACAGACUUGGACAGCUUUUUGACUUUUUUAGGAUGUUAUCGUUCUAUUUCACCACUGUUGGCUUCUAUGUUUGCACAAUGGUACGUUUCUUCUUCGCGUAGAAGUAGAUGAUGCAUAGAUUAUUAUUUUUAAUUUCGUAUAGAAUCAUCAAGGAAACAUCAUAAAAUUUGUGUCCUGCUGCAGAUGACUGUCCUCACAGUGUAUGCUUUCUUGUACGGAAGAGUGUACUUGGUGAGUUCAUGCUUACAAACUUUCCCAAUGCAGAGGGAGUUGUUGAUCGUUAUGUUGCAUGCAAUGACAUUGAUGAUUUUCCGCUGCUAUUUAUGUGGUUUUCAUUUGAAUAUUUUCUGGUUUUUUUGACUGUGUUUAAAAUUUUCAGGCGUUUUCAGGACUUGAUUCUUCUAUUUCACGACAAGCAAGAAUGUUGGGAAACACUGCACUGAAUGCUGCAUUGAAUGCUCAGUUCUUAGUUCAGAUUGGUGUGUUUACUGCUGUUCCAAUGAUAAUGGGUUUCAUAUUGGAAAAAGGGUUGAUAAAGGUCUCGGCGAAUUCAACCUGUGUUUUAUUUUAUUUUAUUUAAUGUCCUUGCCACCAGUAGAAUCAUGUCGACCCUAUAAUACUGCGGAUGUCCUUUUUAUUUUCAUUAACCCUAAUUUGGUACAUUCCCUUUUUUGAGAUCUAUAGUUUUUGGAUAGAAUUCGUGGCCAUGCCACUUUUGCGUUUGGCUUUAGCUCCAUUGGAAUGUAUGGCAUGCUUAUGUAUUUUGUGCACGAGUGGUUUUUGCCGUUUUCUGACUUAUGGUACUCCUAAUGCAGGCCGUAUUCAGCUUUGUUACCAUGCAACUCCAACUGUGUGCGGUUUUUUUCACAUUUUCCCUUGGAACCAGGACGCACUACUUUGGGAGGACUAUUCUUCAUGGUGGUGCAAAGGUAUGCCUAUUUAGUUUUCUGCUCUGGUGAAAUUUAAUAAUAAUAAUUAUUUAUUUAUUUAUUGAUCUGGAAAGUGGACGCAUUGACUUACAGUACAAGGCAACUGGUCGAGGCUUUGUCGUCCGCCAUAUAAAAUUCGCUGAAAAUUACAGGCUGUAUUCACGAAGUCAUUUUGUCAAGGCGUGAGUAUUGUUCUACACAUCAAAUAAUUUAUUGCCUCUUCUUUUGGGUUAGCAUUUUCUUUUAUUUAAAUGGAUGCAGGUUUGAAGUCGCGCUUCUACUGAUUGUUUACAUUGCGUACGGUUACACUUCUGGAGGUGCAACAUCUUUUAUACUGAUCACUAUCAGCAGCUGGUUCCUUGUCAUAUCAUGGCUAUUUGCCCCAUACAUCUUCAACCCUUCUGGCUUUGAGUGGCAGAAGUAAGAAUUUUGACGUCUUGAAAUCAUGAUUCAUCUACUUCUUUUCCAUGUUGAGUUGAUCUCUAGGCUUGGAGUUAAAACCCAAAGCCUAGAGAUGGAAAAUUCAUCUACAUCAUGAUUCUGCUCUAAUACUCGUCCCUCGUUGUUGGCAUGGUUGAUAUUACCUUUUUUUUCUUUUUUUUUUUUCUUCUGGAAUUUGCAUCUUGCCACUGGCUACAGGUUCAUUACCUGUGUAAUGUGAUUAGUGGUCCGAGAGAGGAGGUGCUGUUAUGGUGCGGGAUUUAUUUCUCCAACGCAUUUUCUUAUAUUUUGUGACACAAAAUAUUAUAAUCUUGAAUUGACAGGACUGUUGAGGACUAUGAUGACUGGGCAUCUUGGCUUCUAUAUAAAGGUGGUGUUGGAGUAAAGGGUGAAAACAGCUGGGAAUCGUGGUGGGAUGAAGAACAGGUGAAUCAUUCAUUCAACCAUUUCUUCAUAGAUAUCGUUGCCUACUAAAUUCCGUAUUUCUUGGCGGAUGAUGCCUUCAGUUUGAUCUCCUCUGAAUUGCUUUGUAACACAUAUCCAGUCAUCAUAUCAACAUGAACUUACUAGAUCAGAUGGGAUGCUAUCUAUCUUAAGCUUAGAGCCACACUGUUGAACCGUGCUUGUUUGGAUCUUGUUCUUGCAGUAUUUAUUGAGUGAAUUCUCAUUAGUCUUUACCGAAUAAGGUAUCUAUCUUAGUCAAUUCACUCAUCUAAUUCAUCAUUAGAUGGCUAAGUGGUGGUAUCUUUGGCACAAUCGCUUAGACUGCCUGCUUGAAUCUUGGAAAACGUUUUGGCAACUCAAACACCGGUCUGCGACAGUAAUAGAUCUGCUGUUGGCCAGAUGCAACGCCUCUUCGAUCGGACGAACUGGGCUGUCUGUGUGGGCCCAUUUUUUUUUUUUUUUUUUUUUUAUUAAUGCAAAGAACCAUGGUGGCCGCCAAGAUGUGUGUUCGGUCGAAUCAUUUCCCCCUAAUUAGAUGCGACAUCUUGUCCUGUUUUUUUUUUUUUUUUUUUUUCGGGUAUGAACCUCGAUGAGCUCGUUAGAUAACCACCCGUGGAACUCACUUGGGAGACUUUUUUGCGGUGGAUAUUGUGCUUUGCAGAUGCAUAUCCAGACACUGAGAGGGCGCAUACUGGAGACGAUCUUGAGUUUGAGAUUUUUCAUAUUUCAGUAUGGGAUCGUGUAUAAGCUCAACCUUACUGGAAGUAGCACCUCUCUUGCGGUAACAGCUCGCGCCUUUCAUUGGUUCCAUGGGUUCAUUGCCUAUAUACAUCUCUCUCACUAGUUCAUACUGAUAUAUGACUCUCUCUCUCUCUCUCUCUCUUUCUCUAUCUGUUGCCAGUUGUAUGGGUUCUCGUGGGUCGCUCUUUUCUGUGCGGUUUUGAUCUUCAAGGUUCGUUCUUCCUCUCCCUCUGCUGUGUGCCUCUCAGUCUUCUACGUUAUAUUUAUGGGCUCUCUCUCUCUACGCACCAUGCAGGUCUUCACCUUCAGCCCGAGGAAAUCGGCCAAUUACCAGCUGAUACUGCGGUUCAUCCAGGGGGUGAUCACCAUCGGGCUUAUCGUGGCGCUGGUCCUGGUCGUGGCGCUGACAAGGCUCUCCAUCCCUGAUCUGUUCGCAAGCAUGCUGGCCUUCAUCGCCACCGGCUGGGCCCUCCUAUCCGUAAGUCAACGUCAACGAGUCUUCACCGGAACGGCCCACUUAAAUAGUCAAAGUCUCUUUAAUCGUAAUGCGUGGUAUGGUGUGGUGUGGCAGCUGGCGAUAACAUGGAGGAAGGUGGUGAGGCGGCUGGGGCUGUGGUCGUCGGUGAGGGAGAUAGCGCGGUUGUAUGAUGCAGGGAUGGGGGUGCUGAUAUUUGCGCCGCUGGCCUUCCUCUCCUGGUUCCCCUUCGUCUCUACGUUCCAGUCAAGGCUGCUCUUCAACCAGGCCUUCAGUCGCGGCCUCGAGAUCUCCAUCAUCCUGGCGGGCAACAAGGCCAAUGUCCAGACCUAA